AUGCCUGAUUCAGAAACAGUAGUUCCGGUAGACGGCGGUGGCGACGGAGAUCUGGCGGAGGGAGGAGAUCCUGAUAUUACUUACUGUGCUGAAUUCGUCCCACCGGAAUCAUUCUGGCUAUCAAAAGACUCCGAAUUCGAUUGGUUCGAUCGUAAUGCUUUCUUAGAGAGAAAGGAAUCAAAGAAAGGAAACUCCAAUUCGAAGAAUCUGAAUCCGAGUGUUAAUCCAACCUAUACGAAUUCGAACUCAGCGCGCUUUUCUGUCAACAUGAAAUCAAAAGCUGCGAUUCUCGGUUUGCCGAAGACGCAGAAGAACACACAUAUUGAUUCAAAACGCAGACAGUGCAACCCGGCGAACGUACGGUUGUUCCCUAAACGGUCGAGUUCCGGCGGUAGGGCGCCAGGAGUGGUGCCAGUGACGGAGCCGUCUUCGCCGAAGGUCUCGUGUAUUGGCAGAGUCAGAUCGCAUAGGCGUCGCAGCCGCAGGAGGACGUCUGCGAUUGCAUCAGCUACUCAACCACCGCCGAAACCAGUAAAUCAACAAGAGAAAACUAGUAAAGUACAGAAAACCAGCAUCGUCUCUCGUAUAACGUCGUUAUUCCGCUCUGAAGGUCACCGCCGGAGAAAAAACAACAAAUCAUCGAUGAAAGGUACCGAACAAUCAGAAAAUUCGACCUCCAGAAAAAGCAGCGUAACAGUAAAACCGAUCAACAGUGAACCAUCGACGCUGUCUGAUCCGCCAGCUUUAGGAGGCAUGAAUCGAUUCGCUUCCGGCCGCCGAUCUGGAAACUGGACCGAUAUAUCAGCGUAG